AUGAAGGACUAUGAUGUUGCUUCUAACAUUGCGACUAAGUCGUCGUCGACCUCUAAGUUCUUGGGUGAGGACGAUGAUAGAAGCGGUUCUACCUUCGUCCGUGAAAUUUUGUCUGCUCUAGAAGGCCAUGAUGCUGUUACUAAAUAUCUAUGGGCCAAGCAGAAUAUGGAGAAGUCUAUCUGGGCCAAACUUAUCAAGGGUACUGAACCGCCUACUAGAUGUUAUGUCGACUAUGAGAAACACCUCGAUCGGCUAUGCUCUACUAUUCGCAAGCUCUAUGACAAUGAUGAUGCUAUUGCGAAAGCUGAAGUCAAGUUCGUUACUUGUCGUCAAGGUAACUCUGAGUCUCUCGCUAGGUAUGUCAAGAGGCUCGAGUCUAUUGUCACCGAACUUCACUUCAUGGGUAUUCGUACGUACGAGUACAUCCUCAAACGUCGUCUCUACGAUGGUCUCAACUCCGACUACCUACGAGAAAAGGUCGACAAGGAACUGAGUGACCCUAAGGUUUCCUAUGAGAAGUUUGUCUCUUAUCUAUCUAACUUUGAGCGCCGACGUCUAGGCCGUGAACAACGACAGAAACUCUAUGAUGAGAUCGUUAAUUCUCGCUUGAGGUCUAAUGAUAAGACCGCCAAGCCAGCUACCUCUAAGGUUCACACCUUAGGUGAUACGACUACCGACUAUGAGGAGCCACAGUUAUGUUCUACUGGUGCUGACCCUAUGUCUAUCAAGUGCUAUCGGUGCCUUCAAUCUGGUCACCCAGCACGUCUAUGUCGUGGUAAGCUUAGCGACCUCGAGUCCCGUUGUUCUAAGUGUGGUAAUCCUAAUCACACUAAGGAUUCGUGUGAAAUCCCCCCUAAGUCCUUGAACUGUCAAAGAUGUCUACAGCAUGGACAUCUAGCCUAUGUAUGCCCUGCGUCCAAGCCCAUUGACUCUGACUCUCACAAGAAAGGUAAAGGCAAGACUAUGAAGUCUACUAAACACAAGUUCAAGAUGGGUG